UUUCACUACGUAGAAGAAGAACCUGGGUUCAUGUGUUGUUGCUUUCGCAGAUUACAAGUCAAUUAAAGCUAGCAUUUUAAAUGAUGGCGAUAAAACACAUAUAUUUAUAAAAAGGUUACACUUUGUGAGUAGGAUAAAGUGGCUCAGAACAUACAUGAUUGAAGAGGACGCUCCAUCAUCCGCAGCAAACAAAGAUAAAGACUCCACUCUGCUGCUCACCAAGGACGGACAGAGGUACUACGUUAAUAGGAGCGGGGUGGUCGACAGCAGGAGUGUGGUGACGCCGCACGAAGCGGAGAACAACGUCUCCGACAUGAUGAUGGACGACCCGGACGAGGAGAGCGACGUCAUGGACCCCUCUGACCCCAGGGACAGCGCAGCUAGCCCCGAGGAGCUCAACGACGAGGAGGCCUCGGAGGGCGACAACGCCCCCAAGCAGUGCACCUACGAGGGAUGCCAGGAGACGACAACGCAGGUGGCCAAGCAGAGGAAACCGUGGAUGUGUAAGAAACACCGAAACAAGAUGUAUAAAGACAAAUACAAGAAGAAGAAGAGUGACCAGGCCAUGUCCAGCGGGAAACUGGACGAAAACUCUGAGGAGCGGCCAGUCUCUGUGAACAAACAGCGCCUGGGGACCGUGGGGGACCGUCCUUCCAGACCCUCACUUAUUGAGCAGGUCCUCAACCAGAAAAGGCUGUCGUUGCUCAGGAGUCCGGAGGUGAUCAGGUUUCUGCAGCAGCAGCAGCAGCUCCUGGCCUCACAAAGCCAACAGCAGUUCCAGGGCUGUUAACACUGCRCCGUCAGUGUUGAUAGUAUUUGUUUUGCAUUGGAAAGACUUUUAAGGAAAAGACGACACUGGAUACAUAACUGGACACUGCUCAUAAACCGACUUAUCCGUUAGGGAAAUUAAUAUUUCCAAGCAUGACUAAACUGUUCUUUCCACUUCAUUUACAGUUCAGUUGCAUUGGAGAGUCUGUUCUGUGAUUUUUCAUUAUAUUAGUAAUGUCCUUCACGUUUGCCAGAAUUUGAGACAUUUCAUCAUGGAUUUGGCAUUUUUAUGUUGUGUUCCAGUAAUGGAUCGGUCCCGUGUUUUUAGUUUUAACGUCUGAUUUUAGUGAUUUCUGCUAUUUAUCAAACAUUUUAUUGCUGGAGUCUUUUAUUAAACUAUUUAACUUAUUUGUGAAGUGCUUUGUGAUUGAAGAGUGCUACAGGAAUGCUUUGAAUAUUUACUUGUGACAAUCAACAUUAAAACAUAGAAGAUUUGUUUUAACGGAAAAA